UUGCACCUCUGCACCUCACUAUUGGACAGUAUAGUUCAAGUUCAGCCCAUUUUACAUAGAUGCAAUCGCUCUCACAUAUGCACACACCGAAAAUCUCUAUAUUUGCACUGGUCAGUCUGAGUUUAACUAUUUGUGUAAAUCAUAACAUAUUUUCACAUUUUUUACUGAUUAUAUAAGAAAUGUUCAAUUUAACAUUGUUAGUGAGCACACAUAAUAUUUUAUCAUUGCAAAAUUAAAACAAACUGGGAAUAAGAUAAGAGAUGAAAGAGCCUCACUGUGUAGUUCAUACAGAUGUGAAAAUCUGUUCCAUCAUGAUUUAGAAAUCAGCUUUAUUCCUUUUUUGUCAACAUGUGAUGGACUUAUUUUAUUCAGUUUCUGAGAAGGCCUCUCCACACUUUAAGAAUUUUUAAAGAUGAUUAAUUGAGUCCAUCAUCCACGUUCUAAAAGUUGAGGGGAAAUUCUCAUUCCGCAUUAAUGUUAGCCUCCCAUGCUUCAACGAAGAUCCAAAGCUUUAUUGUGCAGAAGGAAAGUCUCACUAUACUGCCCACUCACCACAUGUAAUCUGGUUUAAAAAUGCAUGAGGCAAAAAAGGUAACAUGCAAAAUGCAGUAACUAAUUUUCAUUACUUAAAAUAUUGUAAAAAAAUAGUUCUUGUGUUACAUUCUAUUAUUGGGUUAUUUUCUAAUUUUCUUUGUAGGUUAACAGUGAUUUAAUUUGUUUGUUUCGGCUUUGGGAGUCAGCCAGGAAGAACUGUAGGCUUUCAUUCGUCACAGGGACUGGUUUUGGACCAGCAUGCACUGGGGUAGACCUAUGGUUUUAUUUAUUGUAUUACUGCUUGCCUAGCUGGAUAAAUAAACUGUUUUUAGGACAUUUGACUUAUUUUGUGUGUAUAAAAUAUCACCAUGAUGCAGCAGCGGCUUGAGGAUUUCAUAAAUGAAUGAAAGUUUGAUCAGACAAACAAGGAAUUGUCAUGUCGCAAUCAGGAAAAAAAAGUAAUAUUCUUUGUUUUGGGACCACAAUGUGUUGUCUGAAGUUAAAUUAAAUACAGCAGUUGUUGAAUGAGGAUGGAUGGUUUUAAAAUAAUCCAGGCUGACCAGAAUCAACAGCAACUUUAAGCUGGAAAAUCUUAAAGUAUGUUUGCAGAUUGUGUUACUUUUAUGUUAAUGUAAUUUUACUUAGUUUCAUGUGUAAAAGGAAAUUGGUUUAUUGCAUUUGUGCAGGAUUUUUUUUUUCUCUUUCCAGUUUUAGUCCUUUGGCUUCUUGUCAGAAAUUGCAUAACAUGGUGGGAUCUGAGUCCCUGGGCUCUGUUGGGUCCCCGGCAGGGCUAAUCGCCCCUGGGUUCGUUGGGCUUCGGGCUCGGCCUGCUUGGGGUGGGAGGCUGCGGGCGGGCCGCUGUUAUCUCCCUGGACUCUGCCAGCUGCUGGUUGUGGCACCCUGGGGCAAUCCUCUGCGCCUCUCGAGAGGGAGCUGGGGCUUUUCUGGUUACAGUCUGCCUGGGGCCCCUGCGCUCUGGGGCAACUCCUGGAUCUCUGGGGCUUUGGGCUCCCUCCAUCUCCUACACAUCUUUGGGGGCAGAUCUGUGGCCCCUCACACUCUAUUGGACGCUCCUAUAGAGAAACCUUACAUAUACAAGCGCGUGUACACACACAGGUGCUCACAUGGUGCUCUCAUAAGUAUGGACUUGGGCACGUUCAACACAUGUCUUAAGGCUGUGGUUGGCACUAAAUGCACUGUGAGUUAUCGAUUGUUCAGUAAAGCAAUGUUGAUUUUAUAUUUGGAAAGACGUCUCAGCUGAUAAAAACAUGAUUUAACCAUGUGAUUGACGUGAGGGUCCAUUUUUAGAGCCACAUCCAUUUUAAUUCCAAGAUUAACAAUUGUUUGACUAAUUUUAAAAGGAAGAGCAGAAAAAUCAGGAGCGGAGGAAGACGAGCCAUUAGGAGUAAAAACAAUAAACUCGGUCUUAAAAUCAUUCAGCAGCAGAAAAUUUGCUGUUGCUGACAGCCAGUCUUUAACCUCACUCAGGCAAUCAAGGAGCGGCUGGAUGGAGGUAAAAGUCUUCAAUGGAACAUAAAUCUGGCAGUCGCCCGCAUAAAGAUGAAAGUUAAUGUUAAACCUCCUAAAGAUUAGUCCCAGUGGAAGAAUAUAAAUGCUAAAUAAAAGGGGGCCAAGGAUAGAACCCUGUGGCACGCCCCAAGGAAGAGCAGCAGAGGGAGAUGAACAGUCGUCCAUUCUAACUCUAAUAGACCUGUUGUCAAAGUAGGAGCAGAACCAGUCAAGCGCAGAUCCCUUAAUGCCGACCAAAUUCUCAAGGUGGGACAAUAAAAUGUCAUGGUCAUGGCGUUUAUUGAGAAGGUAAAACUAAUCUAUUAGAGAGACUCAUUUAAUGCUAAGCCAGAUAUUAUGUAUUAUAAUCAUGAUGAUUAUGGCUUACAGUUUACAAAAUCCCCAAAUUCAAAAUCUCAGAAAAUAAGAAUAUUGCAUAAAAUCAAUAAAACAAGGAUUUUAAAUGGAGAAACGUCGGGCCUGUGAAAGCAUAUAUUCAUGUACUUAGUACUUGGUUUGAGUCUCUUGCUUUAACUAAAUGAACUUUUACAUGAUAUUCCUAUUUUUCUUACUUCAUCUGUCCUGAAAUGGCGUCAUUACUUCGUUUGUCAGCCCACAUAUCUGGAACCAAAUCUUUUACAUAACUUUCUUAAACUCAAAGGUUUAUUUUAAAGCUAAUAGUUUCUAGUUCAGUGAUCAGCAGCUUUUUACCAAUAAGAAAAGACACAGCUUUAGAGCUAAGAGCUGCCAGGGGUAAACAAGUGCAAUUCUUUAAAAAUCACCAAUGCACCCCGUAAAAUAUAAGAAACUAAAAUGUUGAAAUAAUAACAGAUGUGGUCAGACUCCUGAAAACAAUCUGUUAAAUAAAUAAACUUAUUCCCUUACAGUGGUUUCAUUACCUCCUGUCAUGUGACCACAUCCUGUGACUUCCUGUUCUGCAUGUCAUCAGCCAUACAUCUGCAGAAAACACACAGUCUCUAAAUAGACUUCAGACUGAGUUUUAUAUCAAUCAUAGCUGGCGUCCCUCAGCUUCACUAGUCUCCCAGCAUGGCCUCUCUGUGCUUCCACGCCACUGUUGUGAUGUUGUGUGUCACCGCGUGCAGAACUGAGAUUUCCUGCAGAAAUGAAGCUGGCGAAGCUGUUGAUUGGUGAGUUGGCAUCAGCAUAAAAUAUAAGACAGCUGUAGUUUUUGUUAAAUAUAUAUUUUAAUCUAUUAUUCUGCUUUGCUUUUGAGGUUUAUGAUCUACAAACUUCCCAAGAAUGGGAUUGGUAAGGUUGGCAGUGGAGUGGAGUAUCUGUACCUGGACUCAUCAGUGGGGAGCUGGCAGACGAUCCAACAGCUCAGUCUACGCCCUCUACAACGAUGCACCACCGCUCCUGAAGUACACCCAGGAAUAUGGACACACCAAAGAGUCCCUGCUAACAUAUGAUCGAGACUUACUGUUGUCGAUCAGGUCCGCGAUGAUCAACCUCCAGAACUCCGAUACCGGACCCGCUUUCCCACCGCCUCUGGAACCUGGCGUUAACCCAGGUCUCGGCCCUCUGUUACCUGUCGGCCUGCCGCUGCCCAGGAGGCCAUGGAAGAGGAAACGUGGGAAGAGAGCCGGCUUCUUCGUUCAGCUUCGAAAGAUCCUGAGAGGCGAAGCUCUUCCCGAUCGCUGCUCCGCGGCUGUGUUGUGGCGGAUCCAACAGAAACUUAACGGAGUUGGGCUGAUCUCGCUGCUAAAUGGAGCCCCUGAUGUGGGACGCUACCUGAAGGCGUGGGAGACAAAGAACCACCGCGGGCGUAGCGUGGAGUCGCUACGUAGCUUAGCCUGCCAGCCGCCCACCAUUAUCGAGCCCGCGGCACACACACCGCCAGAUUCCUCCGCGAAAAUGAUGUUAACGCUUGCUCCAUCGCCAACAAGUCUCACAUCCUCAACGAUCUGUUCCGGACCAAAAAAUUUAACUUUUUGUGGAUUUCUGAGUCAUGGCAGCGCGAAAAUGACGUCACUCAUCUCUGUGAGCUCUGUCCUCAAGACUGCUCUUUCUUCUCUGCUCCACGAACCACAGGUCGCGGUGGAGGAACAGCUGUUAUCUUUAAGAAACACUUUUCGUGCCAAAUUAUAUCCUCAAACUCCUACAGCUCAUUCGAGAUGAUCAUGAUUAAAAUUGGUCGAGUUCAACCAGUUUAUGGAAUUCUGGUCUAUCGCCCACCUGGAUCUACUUCAUCCUUCCUGUCUGACUUUCAGUAUCUCCUAUCUUCAACUAUUAAACUAGACAGGAUAAUCAUUGUUGGAGAUUUCAACAUCCAUGCUGAGGAUCUAUCUAACAGCUCCACUAGGGAGUUCCUAAACAUGAUGAACUCUAUUAAUUUCUCUCAACACGUGUCUGGUCCCACUCACAGAGCAGGCCACACCCUGGAUCUGGUCUUUUCCUACAGACUUCUUGUUGAUAAGCUGCAGAUAAAUGAUGUUGUGUUCAGUGACCAUAAGUCAGUUUCUUUUCAUAUUAACCUAAAUUCUGAAUCUCUUUUACCAGACUCUGCUAAGCAAAGACGUAUUAUCAACAGUUCUACCAUUUUAAAUUUCUCCUCCCUCUUUGACUUUGUAUCUCCUUCCUCUGAUGACGUAGAGCUCCUUACCAACUCAUUUAAUGAUCACUGCCUCAAAAUUCUAGAUCAGGUCGCCCCUUACAAAACCAGCCGCAGUUCCAGUGCCUCCAGUUCACCCUGGCUGAACAACCAGAUUCUUGAUCUUAGACGCUCCUAUAGAAAAGCGGAACGACGGUGGAAGAGUACAGGUCUGGUUGUUCAUCGCGAAUAUUUUAAAGAACUUCUCGAGUCAUACAACGAAGCUGUAGAAAAUGCCAGGUCUUCUUUCUUCAGCAACCUCAUAUGUCAAAAAAGAAUAAUCCCAAGGUUUUGUUUGAUACCAUCUCCAGAAUCGUGUCUUCUCCUCCGCAGCAGGCUCAGCUAUCUUCAGCUGAUGAUUGUAACACCUUUCUCCACUUCUUUGCAAACAAGGUGUUGAAUCUGAGAUCCAGCAUUCCCCCCCCC